AUGAUUAAGCAGAGAUUAGCAGUAGCUCAGAGUCGACAGAAGAGCUACCCCAACGUCAGACGACGAGAAUUGGGGUUUGAAGUCGGCACAAAGGUCUUUCUCAAGGUCACCCCUAUGAAAGGAGUAAUGAGGUUUGGAAGAAGAGGAAAGCUGGGCCCCAAAUUUGUGGGUCCCUUCGAGAUUCUCGAGAAGAACGGCACGGUGGCAUAUCGUUUGGCACUACCACCAAACUUGACAAGAAUUCACAAUAUUCAAUCCAACAUGACUUAUGAGGAGACACCGACAAGAAUACUGGAUAGAAGGGAACAAGUCCUCAGGAGCAAGACUAUCUCUUUAGUGAAAGUCCUAUGGAGUAACCACUCCAUGGAAGAAGCUUCAUGGGAAUUGGAGGAGAGCAUGAGGGAGAAGUACCCGUAUCUGUUUGAGUGA